GAACGUACUACGUAGUGGCGCGAAUAAUAAUAAUAAACACAAAAAAUAUGGAAACUACUCAAAUUACUUCAUUGCAAACCCUUAAUAAUUUUCUUUCAGAAAGAGAUAAUAAUGAAAAUGUGUUUUUUAUCUCCGAUAUUCCUGAAGUUUGUAAAGAGUAUCCAUGUGUACUUGGAAUUGAUGAAGCUGGAAGGGGGCCGGUUUUAGGACCUAUGGUUUAUGGUACUGCCUUUUGUCCAAUAAAUGAAUCAACAUUAUUAGUGGACUUGGAAUGCGCUGAUUCUAAAGCACUAACCGAAGAGAAACGAGACAAUAUAUUCGAAAAAUUGUGUAACGCUUCAAACAAAAUAGGAUGGGCGGUAGAAGUAAUAGCACCCAACACAAUUUGCAACAGUAUGUUGAGCCGUUCAAAAUAUUCAUUAAAUCAGGUAUCAAUGGAUGCUGCUAUUGGGUUGAUAAGGGCUGCUGUGAAUUGUGGUGUUAAAAUUGAACAUGUUUAUGUUGACACUGUCGGUCCUCCAGAAAAAUAUCAGGCUUACUUGAAGUCCAUAUUUCCUAAGCUUAAAAUUAAAGUGGCUAAAAAGGCUGAUUCAACUUACCCUAUUGUAUCGGCUGCUAGUAUUUGCGCAAAAGUUACUAGAGAUCAUGCAUUGCAAGUUUGGAAGUUUCAGGAGGGACUUGAAUUAUCACAUAAAGAGUUUGGAAGUGGAUAUCCUGGUGAUCCAUUGACCAAAAAGUUUUUAGUGGAUAACUGUGAUCCAGUGUUUGGUUUUCCUCAAUUGGUAAGAUUUAGUUGGUCCACUGCAAGUAAAGCCCUGGAAAAUACCGCAUAUCACGUAGAAUGGGAGGAUGUAGACGAGGAAACCACGCCACCUGCGAAUACAACAUCAAUAACAUCCUUUUUUCAAAUGACUAAUAAUAAGAGUACCACCAAAACAGAACACAGCUUUUUUACUCAAAGAGGUUUAUCCAGGAAAGUAGAGCUUUAAUUUUUUUUCCUACUGUUUAUUGAUGUAGCAAACUAAGUCACUUUUAUAAUUACAAAUCUUAUACUUUUAAUAUCAAAGGUAAAAGACUUUCCUAUUUUCAAAAAAAUCAUAACUUGUAUUUAUUAUCAAAAUAAUUCUUCAGUAAUUAAUAAAUAAUGUG